AGGCCGCGCAUGUUCUCGCGAACGCCAGGUCUCCUGUCCAGGCCUGUGCCGACCUCGACGCUGCGCCUGCCUACUUGGAGGAGGCGUGCGCGCACACGUCUCCUCGCUAGCACACGCUAUUCCCGCAUCUGGUCACCGUGUCCUCCGAUAGUGCGUCCUCCCGGACAACCUCAGGCCCAAGGCCCACGCCAUCGAAGCAUCGUGCUCCCCGCGCACACGCAUGCACGCGCCCGCACAAUACAGCGCCCUCCCGAAACCGUCUGCGCUGCCCGCCGCAGAAUCAGACGUGGAUCCCUCCUGCGCCCAGGAGCGCAUGCGCGUGCGCUCGACGUCGCCACUACCCGCACUCGACCGAUACCUAGACCCCUGGUCCGCGUCCAGGGCCGUCGUGUGCACACCGCGAAUUCGCGUACCGUGUGUGUACCACACCUGGCGGUCUCCAUGGUGCUCGCGAUCGUCCGACGCCGCAGACACAUCGCCAUGGUGCGGCCCCCGACUCGUUUCGCGAGAUACCAUUGGCGCGUCUCCGUGCGCGCGCGCACGGGCCUCGGGCGUGGGGAGCGGUACACAGCGUCCGUCGGAACGUCCGAAUCCAUCGUACGCGAACCACAAGUCAGCCGCUGCUUGCGCGACAGCCCUCCGUCCUCCAGGCAGCUUCCCUCGCAGAUCCCGCGUCCGUUUUGAACGUGCGGGUCGGUGUCGUGGUGCUCGCGUCUGCAAGGACGCUGUGCGACGUCCCGUGUAAUAUACGAUCCUGUAGGCGCAUGACUCGUAGCCCAAU